AUGUCGAGGAGAGGGCAAGCUGGCACUAUGGGCACCUCCAUCUUCCCAUGCCUCUUCAUUAUCCUGCUCACCAGGGGCUUCCCAGCAAGGUGUGCUGGAGAUGGCAGCUCUGCAUCACACAGCACAGCCAGCACCGCAGAGAAACCUAUCCUGUUGAACAAUGUUGAGGAUGCUGAAGCCUUCAUCGGUGGUGCAGAGGUGGUGGUCGCUGGAUUCUUCCAGGAGCCGGACAGCUCCGAAGCGUCCCCGUUUCUCCUGGCGGCCGGCCGGAUCCCGGAGGUGCCCUUCGGCCUCAGCAGCAGCCCCGCGGUGCUGUCCCGCUACGGCGUGGCGGCCAACACCGUCACGCUCUUCCGCAGGGUAGACAAUGACCGGAGGGAUCUGGAUAUGAACAACAAAGAUGUUGAUGUCGAGAAGAUGACUCGUUUCAUUCGGAUGAACGAGCUCCGCCUGGUGACAGAAUACAACCCUGUGACAGCAAUAGGUGUGAUGCAGAGUUCGCUCCAGCUUCACCUCCUCCUGAUCACAGACAAGAUGUCCCCAAAGCACCCUGAGCGAAUGCGGAGGUAUCGGGCAGCAGCAGAGCUCUUCAAGGGGAAGAUUCUCUUUAUCCUGGUAGACAGCAACUUGAAGAGCAAUGAACGAGUAGUGUCAUUUUUCAAACUGAAGAAGUCCCAGCUGCCAGCUCUCGCUAUAUUCCACACACCAGAUGAGGAGCAGAAUGUGUUGACUGUGGAUGAAGUCUCUGUCAAAGGUGUACAGGACUUCUGUAAUAAUUUCUUACAAAGAAGGCAAAAGAAAGUCGACGAACCUGAGAAGGCGGCUCUCAAUGAGGAACUCUGA